AUGGAGACAAAGCCGCCGGCACCGCUGCCUUGGUCGUCAUCGUCGUCGUCGGGUGAGAAAGAUAGUCCUGGGCGACAGGAACAGGAGCAGCAGAAGCAACCGCCAUCAGGUUGCUGCAACCCGGUGAAGAAACCGGGGCCAAUUUCGAUGGAACAUGUACUGCUGGCAUUGAGGGAGACGGUGGAGGAGCGGGAGGUCCGCAUUCGGAGCCUAUUCGACUUCUUCGACGCGGCCGGGGCGGGACACCUGGACCAAGCGCAGAUCGAAGCGGGGUUAUCGGCCCUCAACAUUCCUGCCGAGUACAAGUACGCGAGGGAUCUGCUGAAGGUAUGCGAUGCCAACAGGGACGGGCGUGUUGACUACCGGGAAUUCCGGUGGUAUAUGGAUGAGAAGGAGCUGGAACUGUACCGCAUCUUCCAGGCUAUAGAUGUCGAACAUAGCGGGUGCAUCCUUCCGGAGGAGUUGUGGGACGCGCUAGUGAAGGCAGGUGAGUUUUCGAAGAUAGGAUUUCUCGAUUUUUUAUGUUUCCUCAAGACAAGUGAUCUCAAAAGAGAUCGAUAUAAACUCAAGGUAAUGAGAUCAGUACUGACGCUCGACUGAUCUUUUAAUGCUGCUAUUUUUUUCCGUGUGAAAACACAAUGUAGCCGGUUAUGACCUGGGAAAAUUCGCCUUGAGAAUUGUAGGGGGAAGUUUAUAUAAUCUCUGCGUUUAAAUGAAAAUUAGUGUUUACAAUUACCUGAAAGUUCUGAGGAAAUGAACUAUUCAUCAUCAGAUAGGCAAGAGCUACUGGAUAGCAGAGCGGUGCUCAUGAGCUCACAAUGUGUCCACAUUUGAAAAUUCUGGUGUAAGCAUCAGAGAUAUCUACCAUUUGACCUAUUAGUAAAGAGUGCGUGGAAAGUAUUCUUCUUCCAGAAGAACGCUCGAGGAUGUCUAAAUUCGACAACAGUUGCGCUGUUUUUGGUCAAGUCUCCGGUUACAUCAAUUUGAGGUCUACAUUAAUUUUGCCGUUUUUGUACUUUUAAGCUUAUUUUUCUGAAUAAAUGACAAGUUUACCGAUAUUGUAGUACAUUGGAUGCAUUCAAAACAUAUUUUUGUGUAAUGUAAGUCUAUAGAAGAACGCUUUGAAACCUUGGUUCUGGAAAUUAGCUAGACCAUAAUAGAAUAUAUUAGGUGUAUCUCUCUUGGAGAAAUAGGUGGAAAUGGAUAUUUCAGUCAAUCAGACAAUGAAGCAUCACCUAGAAAACGCUAUUCCAGAGUAUCUAGCAUCAGUAACUGAGACAAAGGGAUUGAAAUAAGAAUUUGGCCCAUAGAAUCAAAACUGCAUGGUUAAAGUAGCAGCUUCUGGAGCUCGCUUUGACCAUUGAAGGAAUAAGACGUCGUAAAUGGGAACUAAACUGACUGUUGGUUGGGAUGAAGUGCUGCGCUUGCUAAAAGAAUCUACAUUAACUAGCUCAAACUACUUGGAUGUGGAAUUUUGGGUGUGUAUAUGGAAGGACCAGAAAUUUCUUUAUAUCAGGUGUCUCUACUUGAUGGAUAUUGGGGUUAGUACCAAUCUGUGUUCAAAUGUUUGAACGUGGUUUCAAAUGACAUGAGUGUAUUGAAAGAAGAUCGAUAGAAGUGCACACUAAAGAAACGAAACUCGUUCUUGUUAGCGUUCAAAAAAGGGUAUGUGGAAGUCUGGAAAUAACUUAUGAUUUACGGACAGAGAAGGAAUGGACUUACAUGGUUACAUGGUAUCUGAUAGUGGAUCGGUUGAAUAUGAUGUUGGUUUCUGGUUUUAGGUAGUGAAAUUGGUGGAAAUGAUGAUUGGAAUAUCUUUUUUGUUGUAAAUUUAUCUAUUAAUUGCGCUUGCCCUAUAGUUAACAUUAUUAGUUCUGGCGUCUGGCGUACAUAACUUGUGUAAAUUUUUUAUCAUAAUGAUUUCGACGUGACUGUUGCCUUUUCGUGGUAGUGCUGUCCUCCAGGUAAAGUACUCUUUCAUGCACGUUACAAAGUUGGCGAGUAUUUUCCUACCGCAAGCAUGUCUUGUUCGAGCCUCAUGUGAAGUUUUCCUUCACAGCUGAAGAUGUGGGAGAUGCCAGAAUCAUAGAAGUUUUGAUAUGCCUAGAUUUCUCAUGUUGUCAGUGCUGUAGCCUCAGCCAGUUUAGUUGUAGGAAUUAUCUAUUUUUGAGGUUGUUUCCAUUUUGACAUUUGUUAGUUUCGUCUCGCCUAGUCUCUUUUCAAACAUCUGGAGUCAGAUGUUACCAUCUUUUCUGAAAUAGUAGUGGAAUGAAACAGAAUGGAAUACAAAGAAAAGCAAGUCAAAUUCUCCUGCGUAGUAACGUUCUGUGCUCAAUGCAUGACGCAUUAUUUUCUCUCUGAUCACAGAAAGUAGAGAUGCUGAAUUAGCAUGCUUGCUAUAUCUCAUACCAUAAGAACUCCAUGUCAUAAAUCAUUUAUUGUAAGGGGCCAUAUUUGUGUGUGUGACUCUCCUCCAUGUAGAGAAAGAUUUGUUUCUCCUCUUAUUUCCUUAGGGCGCUUUCAAAAUUAUUGGACGGUCUUCAAUGUUUCUGUCGCGGGAUUUUAAUAUGUAAAUUUAGCUAUAAGAAUUUGGCAAAAUUGUUCUUGGGGAAUUUCUCUAUUCGCCAAUCAGGAGGCAACUACUGUUGGUACUGGUCUUCUCCGUUGCCAAAGCUACGACUAUUGAUCUUCACUAAUUAAUCUUGAUGACGUAGAACUGGUUCAUAAACUUGUAAAACGUUUAAUUCUGAACACACAUGUUGGAAUAAUGCCUGUUUAGCUUUCGGUUUUCCUGGGUAAAUCCUAUGAUGUGCACAAAUGGUGCCCUUUGUAUCUCUGACCGAACGGAGGCAAAAUGGACCCACUCAUUUUGGUUGCUGCCGAUUAUGGUUACCUUCUCAGAAAUUUUUAACUCUUCAUCCAGAAAUUUGGUCCACGUAUGAAGAAAUAUUUGCAACUUUUCCUUUUCAGGAAUUGAGAUCAACGAUGAGGAGCUCGCUCGUUUUGUAGAGCACGUCGAUAAGGAUAAUGACGGGAUCAUCACCUUCGACGAGUGGAGAGAUUUCCUUCUGCUCUACCCCCAUGAGGUAACAAUCGAGAACAUCUACCGCUACUGGGAGAGAGUCUGCCUCGUAGAUAUCGGCGAGCAAGCCGUCAUCCCCGAGGGAAUCAGUAAGCAUCUGGAUGCCAGUAAGUACCUCAUUGCUGGGGGAGUCGCCGGAGCAGCUUCUCGUACGGCCACUGCUCCCCUCGACCGUCUCAAAGUGCUGUUGCAAGUGCAAACAGCAAAGGCAAAUAUAAUCCCCGCAAUAAAGGACAUAUGGAAGGAAGGCCGCCUACUGGGGUUCUUCAGAGGGAACGGCUUAAAUGUUGUCAAGGUGACACCUGAGAGCGCUAUCAAGUUCUACACAUUUGAGAUGCUCAAGGGGGUCAUCGUCAAUCUCAGAGGCGAAGAUAUGAAUGAUAUUGGUGCCUCUGGGCGGCUUAUCGCCGGCGGUUUAGCCGGCGCAGUUGCACAGACGGCCAUCUACCCGAUUGAUCUCAUAAAAACCAGACUGCAGACGCACCCCAGUGAAGCUGGGAGAGCCCCUCAUCUGGGUAAACUCUCAAGAGAUAUAUGGCUCCAAGAGGGGCCCCGAGCCUUCUACCGAGGCCUCAUUCCAUCUCUCCUGGGUAUCGUCCCCUAUGCUGGGAUUGACCUCGCUGCCUAUGAGACCCUGAAAGAUCUAUCCAGAACCUACAUCCUCGAGAAUAGUGGUGAUUAAUCCCAAACUUUAAUUCUUUAAUUCUUUAUUUCUUUAAUUCUUUAAUUAUUUCAUUCUUUCAUUCCUUAAUUCUUCGACACAUGCUGCUGUACUCCUCUAAGACCUCCCAUUUACGUAGAGCCUGGCCCCCUCGUGCAACUGGGUUGUGGAACGAUCUCUGGGGCUCUUGGCGCAACUUGUGUAUAUCCCCUGCAAGUAAUCAGAACAAGGCAUGCCUCGGCCAAGCAUUCUUCCCCCUUUGUCUAUAUUUGCCUAUAUAGUUUCAAAAAAAUUUGUCGAUGUCUGGCUAUUGAUGGCUCUAUUGAUUAAUUAUUUUAUUUAUAGAAUGCAAGCCCAACCCACCAAUGCAGAGGCUGCGUACACGGGAAUGGGUGAUGUGUUCUGGAGAACAUAUCGAAAAGAAGGCUUUCGAGGCUUCUACAAGGGAAUCUUCCCCAACCUUCUCAAAGUGGUGCCGGCUGCAAGCAUCACCUAUUUAGUUUAUGAAAGUAUGAAGAAAAAUUUUGCCCUCGAUUGA